AUGUCGGAUUUCAAGGCGCCUUUUACGCUGGACACGAUCGUCAACUUUUUGGACGUGGUGCCGUUUUCGGCACCCUUCCUAGUGAUUCUGCCGCUCGCUGCACUGGUCAUGGAUCGCCGUGGCCAGAGCGUCUCGCAGAUCCUGACAAACCUGCCGACGCUGCGCGGCUGGUACGAGCUUUUGUCCAAGCGCCAUGUGUGGCUCUACCGCAUCAUGAUUGUCGUCGUACUGCGCCUGGUCAGCAAGCGUCUUUCGCGUCGCGCUAUCAACCUGGGCGUCCCGAAGGCCGACCGUCCCAACUGGAAGAAGGACGUGAUGGUGAUCACUGGUGGUGCCACCGGUAUCGGUAAGGUCGUCGUUGAGCUGGUCUCGCGCCGCUACGGUGGUCGCAUUGCUGUGCUCGACGUGGCCGAGCCGACAUACGCUCCGGCCGCGAACGGCGCCCCGGAGAUCCUGUACGUCCGCACGGAUGUGACCAAGGCCGAGUCGAUUGCCGCGGCGCAUGAGAAGAUCAAGCAGACGUUCGGUGAGUCUCCGUCGAUUGUUGUGAGCUGCGCUGGUAUCGCUAUCGGUGGUAGCAUCCUGGAUGUGUCGACCAAUGCAUUCCGCCGCACGUUCGAGAUCAACGCGCUGGCGAACGUCAACCUCGCCAAGGAGUUCCUGCCUUUCAUGGUAAAGAACAACCACGGUCACUACAUGACGGUGGCUAGCUCGGCUUCGUACUACUCGCUGCCGAUGCUCGGCCCGUACUCGCUGAGCAAGGCGGCGGCUCUGGCGUUCCACGAGACGCUGCGUGCUGAGUUGCGUGCUGUGUACAAUGCGCCGCGUGUGCGUACCUCGAUUGUGACGCCGACCAAGGUGAAGACGCUGCUGGGCUACGCGCUCAAGGACACGAAGAACCAGUUCAUCAACCGUGUGCUCGAGCCGAUUGAAGUGGCUACCGCUAUGGUGGACGCGCUGGACAGUGGUCUGGGCCACUCGGUGUCGCAGCCGUGGUCGACAAAGAUCCUGCCUUUCAUCCGCGCUAUGCCGGAGUGGUUCCGUUCGUUUAUCGCUGCUACGGGUGACACGGACCAGGCCGUGACGGCCGAAUCGAUCGCUAGUGGUCUCAAGGCUGGUUACGGUAAGAGCCUGGGUGCCGAAUUCUCGGAUGUGUUUAAUGAGAUGGCCUCGCGGUUCGGCGGUACGAAGGAGUAG